AAAUCAUACCGUCGAACCCCCUCUCACAUAAACGCCGCGCCGCUCGUACAUUCAUGCAGCUCGUAGCUCGCGUAUAGGAGCUAUUGUAACAAGUUGUCUGGUAUUGGUGGUCGUCUGAUCGGAGUUUGGAGUUUUGAGGAAUAAUUUGCGUUUGAGAGCUUCUCUGCAGGUUUAGCCCGAAAUUCACAAUAAAGAUGCAGACUUCAGGUGCUUGUUGCAAGAAUGAGGGACCCGGCUACCCAACCCCAAAGGCUGCCAUGAAGUCCCCUCGGGAGAAGCUCCUGUACGUAACAGCAGUGCGCAGGAACACCCCCAUCAAGAAGCCAGAUUUCUUGGCCACUGUUGAUGUCGAUCCUGACUCCCCGACCUUCUGCCAGAUCAUCCAUCGUCUUAACAUGCCCAAUCUGAAUGAUGAGCUGCACCACUCUGGAUGGAAUACCUGCAGUAGCUGCUUCGGGGACGACACCAAGUAUAGGAAUCGCCUGAUCCUUCCAGCUCUCUACUCAUCCAGAGUCUAUGUCAUCGAUACUGGUACUGAUCCAAGAAAACCUGGCAUAUUCCAUACUAUUGAACCAGACGUUAUUGGUAGCAAAACUGGACUUACUCAGCCACAUACAACCCAUUGCCUUGCUAAUGGAGAGAUUAUGAUCAGUUGUUUGGGAGAUUAUAACAAUAAAGGAGAAGGAAAAGGUGGAUUCAUGCUUCUUGACGGUGAAACCUUCCAGGUCAAAGGUAACUGGGAACAUCGUGGAGAGCACGUGUCCUUCAACUAUGACUACUGGUACCAACCGUAUCAUAAUGUGAUGAUCAGCACUGAAUGGGGCGCUCCAAAGGCAUUCCUCAAGGGAUUUGAUCCUGCUGAUUAUGCAAAUAAUCUGUAUGGCAAGAGUAUCCAUGUAUGGGACUGGAAAAGCCACAAACACCUUCAAGAGAUCACACUGGGAGACGAGGGCGCCAUACCCCUCGAGAUUCGAUUCCUUCAUAAUCCGAGAGCAGCUGAAGGUUUUGUGGGAUGUGCCUUGGCGUCGACCGUCUUCAGAUAUUUCAAGACCGCAAAUGGAAAUUGGGCAGCAGAAAAAGUCAUCUCCAUUCCGUCCAAGAAGGUGGAUAAUUGGGCCUUGCCUGACAUGCCAGGUCUGAUCACAGAUAUCUUGAUAUCAAUGGAUGAUCGUUUCUUGUAUCUCAGUAACUGGCUUCAUGGUGAUCUCCGCCAGUAUGACAUCACAGAUACCCGCCACCCAAAACUUGUUGGACAGAUAUUCCUUGGAGGGUCCAUCACCUCGGAUAGCAAGGUCAAGGUCACGGAAGACUCCGAGCUGGAUAAACAACCUGACCCUCUCUAUGUCAAAGGUCGUAAGGUCACAGGAAGUACUCAGAUGAUCCAGCUUAGCUUGGACGGCAAGCGUCUGUAUGUCACCAUGUCACUCUACAGUAACUGGGACCAACAGUUUUAUCCUGAUCUCAUGAAUACUGGGUCUGUGCUCCUCAUGCUCGACGUCGACACUGAGAAAGGAGGUUUGACGGUCAACAAAGACUUCUUGGUUGACUUUGGAGAUGACCCCGAAGGCCCCGCCCUGGCUCAUGAAAUGCGCUACCCCGGUGGGGACUGUACCUCCGACAUCUUCAUCGUUGAAACAGAAGGGAAGGACGAUGUCCAGUCGCAGUUGUAGGUGCCAAUAGCUUGAAUGGCCUGUAUUCGGGACAAAGCCUUUAACGUAGGCCAUGGUUUAACUGGUUUAUUUUUCAACUAGUCUAGUGCCAAUUCAUCCACUUACCAACUCGUCUACUAUCAUUUGGCAAUUUACUGUCUAAUUCUGUAUUAAAAAUUUGGUAAAUCUUUCAAAGUUGUGUUUAUAUAUUUUAUGUUUCCUAUCACUUUUUGGCUAUUUACUCAUGUUUAAAUGAUAAAGAGAGCUAUUUUAGUAAUUAUUUCCAGUCAGUUAUGAACGAUUUAAGUGUCAACAUGAGCUGACAGAGUGAACUUAUCCCUUUUAGAGAUACCUGUCACAAUUGACUAUCCAUAGUUAAACUGCAACUUUAGACCAGAGCCGAGUCAAAUUCAAGUUCUGAAUUGGGGCCAGUGUUUGCAUACACCAAUAUUGACACAGACUAGGGGUAGAACAGUUUUUUAUAUAAACUGAUUCAAACAUACUCAUUUGUGAUUUUUGUUUUCAUUCACUAUUGAGUUCCACCCAGACUCACAACAUGUGCAUAAUGUAUAACAAAUUUUAUUACAAAUCAGUGAAAUUUAUUUAACAAUUUAAUUUUGAAUACAAGUUAUCUUGCAUUAUAUGCUCAUGUGGGAUAAAGAUAAUUGAUGAUGUUGAUAUCGAUUUUUAAACAUCAAUAUUUACUUCUGUAAUAGUACUUUUGAAAAAGCGGUUGACCAUCAAAAACAUAAUCAUAACAUCGUGCAAUUAAUUAACAUUUAUUGAAAUAAACAUAUUGGCUGUCUUAAACUUUGGCCUAUUAUCAUUGGUAUUCAGUAGGAGUGGUCACAUUUUACCAUAACAGAGAUUGUGAAAAUCUAGUUAUUCUUACUCUUAAAAAAAAAAAACUUUUAUAUUUUGAUAUUUCUGAUCAUGAAAUACAACAUCCUUUUCUUGAUUAUACUGUGGUUGAUUGGUGAAAUUUUAUAUUUUAUCGUAUAUUGUAUUUCUAUUCUAUAUUUUCAUUAAAUGAAUUGCCAUAUAUUCUAAUUAUAUUUUUAUACAGUAAAAAAAUCAUAAUAAAAUGAAGGAAUCUUGCAGGUUAAUUGUAAUUCACAUAACAUUGUUAAGUGCAUUCCAUAAACAUCACAUAUAGUGGAUGAUUUUGAUCAUGCAAAAUAGGUUUGCUUGGAAUGGGAAAUAUGACAUUUGAUGUAAUUUCAUAUUUUUAAAGGAUUGAAUCAUCGAAGAAUUCAUUUUGGAGUUGAAGAUAUUUCGCAGUUGAAGAAAUUUGUCAAUAUUCAUAUUAGGCAACGCUAUUAGUGCAUUCAUUUAGGGCCAAAUGAUGCGUGUCGAACUCCAUUCCAUUUUGCUCCAGAAAGUAUUUUACAAUGAAAUAAUAUGAUUAUCUUGUACUCAGAUGCAGCUAUUUUAUUUUCAGUUGAAUAUUUGAAAUUGAAUAUAUAUUUUGACAUGAGAUGUAUUUGAUCUAUAUUUAUCAUUUUUUUCAAUAUAAGUUUAGUAUAUUUUGUACUAAAAGAUGGAUUUUUAAAAAGAUUUAUUCUCUUAGGUUUGGUCUAUUCUUUGAAUUUUAUCAAUAUUAAUUGUCUUGUAAUAUUGUAAAGGUCUCAUAUUUUCAUAUAUCUGACAUUCUCUUGUUAAACUUUCUGCACCAGCAAUAAAUGGUUAAUAUAAUGAUUGAU